CGAUCGUACGCACGAAGAGACACGCACGCGCUACUUGAUUGGAUUAAAAAAAAGCAGAGCUGAUCGUUAAAACUAGUGGAUUAUUUAGGAGCAAUUUAGCAGCAAUGCGUUUUAUCACCGCUUUUGUAGGAGUUUUCUUGGUGGUCUCUCUGUGUGAGGCCGCCGUAGUACAGAGACGUACUUAUCGCAACACCGAAGAGAUCCUCGUGCCUGUCACCAUCAUACAAGAUGCUGAAGAAAUUAAAGAGUCAUCUGAUGUAAAAGAAAACGAAACAGCUCCUCAAAUUAAGAAUUUAGCUGAGGAAGCAAUUGCUGAAGAUAUUGUUGCCACAGCCGUAGAUGAGGAACAAAAAUUGGAGGUGGUCGAAGCUGUGGUAGAGGCUCAACGUCGCCUCGAUGAAGCCAUAGUUGAGGAGGAAAUCAAGGAAGCUGUGCAAGAGGAACAGGAUAAAGAAAUUAUUAAAGCCAUAGAAGAGGAAAACAAAUUGAGAACCGCAAUUCCUGAAGUACCACAAAUAGUUGCUGUGCUGCAACCCGAAGAAGCCAGCGAAGCUAUUGAACAGCUUGCUCCACAAGUAAUUGAGGAAGAAAUUGAAAAAUCUUCAGAUUUAAAAUCAGUAGUGGUGGAGAAAGAAACUCCCAAUCGUGUGGUAGUGAUAUUAGAAACUAAUAAUGAUGAGUCGGAACAAGCUGAAAGUGCUGUACGUCAAGCUACACAGGCCACUCCCACCCAAACCACAACUCAACAGAACUUUGUGCAACAAUUAAUACAAAACUCUCCCUUGGGACAGUUUUUCAAUCAAAUAACUGGACAAACUACUCAGGGUCAGGUGGCCAAUGAUGACCCCGCACCAGCUGCUCCAGCUCCUACUCUACCUGGACUCUUUAAUCCCGUUACGGCUGUACAAAAUGCCGCUCAAUCUGUAGUCAAUUCCACCACCCAGGCUUUUCAGGGAUUACAACAAUUUGCCUCGAAUCUGGGUAAUCAAUUCCAAAAUACUUUAUCCGGCAUAGGUGGCCAGCCACAAGAACAGGGAGCAAAUGAUGCCACCACUGCCAGACCACCAGGUCCCAUACAACAACUAGUCAACACAUUCAUGGGCAACAAUGGACAACAGCCUGCCCCCACACAACAAGGUCCUCUACAAGGUUUACUCAACAUCUUCCAAGGUAACAAUAGACCUCAAGGAGCUACAGCUGCUGCUACCGUUACAAAUCCCGAACCUCUGCCCGCCAAAGAACCAGAGCCAGAAAUCUCCGAACAAGUCCAAACUAUUGCUAAUGACGCCAUCAUUUCACCUGAUCAAAUAAGCAAUGAAGUGCGUGACAGUGCCGAAGCCAAUGAUUCGUUUGAGGAGUCUGUCCAACCCGAAGAACUAAUUGUGGUCAAUGAUGAUGCUUCUCCAACCGAAACUGAGCAGGAAGAGAAACAGGAAGUUACAAAAUAAUUAAAAUAUAAUUGUGUGUUUAGUUCUUAAGGUCCAUAAUGUAAGACUACUUUAAGUUUUUUUUCCUGCAAAAAUCAAAAAUUCAAUUCAUUUGCCGCCAUUAUCAUCGCCAUUAUUCUCAAUUAAUUUAAAACAUAAAAACAACACGUAUUUUUUAAGAUUCACCCACAAAAACGAAAUUAUUUAUUUUUUUUACACCUACUACUUAUUUUAUUUAAUAAAAAGAAAACAAAACGAAUGUUGCAAAAAUAUUUAAAA